ACCCAACCCACAUGAAAUAAUAUGGGUUGGGUAACCGAAUUAAAUUUUGUUAUAUAACUAUGUCCAUAGGACCAAUAUUGAAAUGGGGCAUAUUAGAGAUAUUGGACAAGUCUCACAGGAGACUGUUUCGGAAUUGCACUGGAGGAGAGACAGAGAGAGACAAAAAGUUGGUUAAAACCGUUGAAAGACAUUCCCCUUAAAUCUCUCCUGUCCAUUGAAAUAUGUUAUAAAAUUCAACUUUGAAUUAGGAAAGACAAAUCUAAUUACGACAUAGAGAUUAAGGAUGAACAAGCUUAUUCUGGUUGGAAUUUCCAGCUUGCUUGUGGUGGCAGUAGCCAUUGGGGUGGUGGUGGUAAGUGUCAGCAAAAGCUCUUCUUCUGACGAUGACAAUCUCUCCACCACCUCCAAAUCGGUCUCGACCAUAUGUACCCAAACGGAUCACAAACAACUUUGCGUGGCUAGCCUCGGUUCGGUGGCUAGCAACGAGACUGCUACUCCGAUAGACUUCCUACUAGCGGCCAUAAACUACACCAUCAGCUCUUUCCGGGAUUCGGCGGUGAGCUCCGAAGACCUAGGAAAAUCGGUAACCGACUCUUACCAUAAGAUGGCUAUGGAGGAUUGCCAGGAGCUUCUUCAAGACGCGGUUAGCGAGCUACAGGCUUCAUUUUCAGCAGUCGGCGAUAGCAACUUGCAUACGGUUCAGGAUAGGGAAGACGAGCUUAAGAAUUGGCUUAGUGCUGUUAUAUCGUACCAACAGUCUUGUCUCGACGACAUCACUCAGCCCGAGUUGAAGUCCUCGAUGUCUAAUGGGUUUCUCAACGCGACCCAACUUACAGACAAUGCCCUCGCAAUCGUGUCCGCGAUUUCAAAAAUAUUUUCGGCUUUCAACAUCCCGAUUUUCGGUAAGGCGAAGGCAGAGGGGGAAGAUGCUUCAUCGAGCUCUAGAAGGUUACUGGAGGCCGAUGGGUUGCCGUCGUGGCUUCCAACAAUCGAUAGGAAGCUUUUGGCGGUUAAUAAUAACAAUAUAAAGCCGAACGCUGUGGUGGCAAAAGAUGGUAGCGGACAGUAUAAGUCGAUUGGGGCCGCUCUUGCGGCUUAUCCGAAGAACUUGAAUGGGAAAUACAUUAUCUAUAUUAAGGCGGGGGUAUAUGACGAAUAUAUUACCAUCCCGAAGGACCAAAAGAAUAUUUUCAUGUAUGGUGAUGGGUCGCGGAAAACUAUAGUAACCGGAGACAAGAGCAAUGCAAAAGGUGUCCCAACCUUCAAGACUGCCUCUUUCUCUGUUGUCGGCGACGGUUUCCUAUGCAAGUCGAUGGGAUUCACCAACACAGCUGGUCCGGAAGGACACCAAGCAGUGGCACUUCGAGUCCAAUCCGACAUGUCAGCCUUCUACAACGUCAGAAUGGACGGUUAUCAAGACACAUUAUAUGCACAAGCCAAACGUCAAUUCUACCGCAACUGCGUCAUAUCAGGAACUGUGGAUUUCAUAUUUGGAGACGCAGCCCAAAUAAUUCAAAACAGCUUGUUAAUCGUGAGAAAGCCCAUGGACAACCAACAAUGCAUCGUAACUGCCCAAGGACGAUCCAAUAACAAGGAAACAACUGGAAUUGUAAUCCAGAACUGCAGGAUUGUGCCGGAGCAGAAACUAGAGGCGACUAGAUUCAAGGUUCCUUCAUAUCUGGGAAGGCCGUGGAAAGAGUACUCUAGAUCGGUUAUAAUGCAAUCGACCUUGGGAGAUUUCAUACAGCCAGCGGGAUGGAUGCCGUGGGAAGGGGACUUUGCGCUUAACACGUGCUUCUUUGCGGAGUAUCAAAACCGAGGACCAGGUUCGGCUACUAAUAGUAGAGUGAAGUGGAAGGGAGUUAAGGUCAUUACAAAUGCACAAGAGGCUCAGCAAUUUACGGUCGGUCCCUUUAUUCAAGGAAACCAGUGGCUGCCUAGUACUGGAGUUCCUUUCUUCCUUGGCUUGAAAUUAACCAGAAAAUAAUUAAAAAACCAAACCUUAUUAAGAUUAGGAAA